AUGGGGAUCUCGGCCGCUGCCGCGUUCUGGUAUGAAGGGUUCCCGUUGCUGAUGACGUUUCAGCGCGCGAUCUCGGGCAUCUCGACGUUUUCCCUGCUCGCGAUACCGUUCUUUGUCUUUGCCGGAGAGCUGAUGCUGCACGGUGGCAUCGCUGUAAGGCUUGUCCGGUUUGCCUCCGCACUGGUUGGCCAUGUCCGCGGUGGCCUCGCGUCGGUCAAUAUCUUUUCCAGCAUGCUGUUCGGGGGGAUAUCCGGCUCAGCGAUUGCCGACAUUUCGGCGCUCGGGUCAUUGCUGAUCCCGGUGAUGAAGGAAAAGGGCUACCGCCCUGACUAUGCGGUCAACGUGACCGUAACCUCGUCAAUAGCCGGCAUUGUGAUCCCGCCGAGCCACAACAUGAUCAUCUUCGUUGUCGCUGCCGGCGGUGGAAUUUCAAUCUCGAAACUGUUUCUGGCCGGCGUCAUCCCGGGCAUGGUGAUGUGUCUCUGCCUUGCGGUUGCCGCUUAUGUGGUCGCCCUGAAGCACAAUUACGGGUCAGAACCUUUUCCAGGGUGGCAGGUUGUCCUGCAGACUGCAGUCAGCGCCAUACCAGGUCUCAUAACUGCGGUCAUCAUUGUCGGUGGUGUGCUCUCCGGCGUCUUCACGGUUACGGAAUCCGGUGCGUUCGGGGCAAUUUACGCGCUUGUCCUGACCGCGGUUGCCUAUCGGACACUUGGCUGGAACGAGUUUGUGAUCUCGGUGACGUCGGCGCUGCGCACGACCGCCAUGGUGAUGAUCCUCAUCGGAUUUGCAAGUUCGUUCGCCUAUCUGCUGGCCCUAUACCAGGUCCCGUCAAAGCUGAGCGAGUUUCUGCUUGGCAUUUCCGAGCACAAGAUCGUCAUUCUGCUCAUGAUCAAUAUCAUGCUUCUCAUGCUCGGCAUGAUCAUGGACAUGGCCGCCCUGAUAUUGAUCUGCACGCCUAUUUUCCUGCCGAUCGCGCGCGACCUCGGCAUGGACCCGGUCCAAUUCGGCAUCAUGCUCCUGGUCAAUCUCGGCCUUGGGCUUUGCACACCUCCGGUAGGCACUUGUCUUUUUGUCGGAUGCGCGGUCGGCAAGAUAAAGAUCGAGGAAGCCCUGAAGUCGAUCUGGCCGUUUUACCUGGCGCUUUUCGUAGCACUCAUGCUGGUGACCUACGUUCCCGCAAUCUCCAUGUUCCUGCCUUCGUUGUUCGAGUAG